AUGUCCGCCCCCGACGUCGUGACCGGCAGCUGUCUCUGCCAGACAGUCCGCUACAAAGUGACCGGCGCCCCCAAAACAACCGUCGUCUGCCACUGUGAGAGCUGUCGCAAAGCCUCGGCAUCUGCCUUCAUGGCAAACAGCCUCUACCUGAAAGAUCAACUACAGGUUCUUACAGGAGAAGAUGCUCUGAGGGUUUACGAGGACAAGAGCACGGGAUCGGGAAAACCGUUGUCGAGAUCAUUUUGCUCCAACUGUGGUUCAUCCUUGUUCAUCAGCAGCGAGUCCCUAAGCCCUAAUAUGGUGACGAUCACCUCCGGGACAAUGGAUCUAGGGCCUUCGAAGAGCGAGUGGGAGCCCAAGAUGGAGGUCUUUUGUGCGAAGCGGAGAGAGUGGGUUGCACCUGUCGAGGGGACAGUGAAGCUCAAUGCUAUGAUGUAG